CAAGCCUCCUCCUCCCUCCCCCCCUCCCCCAUUAUUCCCGGCCUUCCUCGCGCUCCCCGCUCCGCCUACCAAUUUAAGCGCGCCUCCAACCCCCGCUCGUUUUGAAUCCGCCAAGUGCACCCAGGGGGCCCAAACCCUAGCUUCGCCAGCGCCGCGCAUGGGCAAGUACAUGCGCAAGCCCAAGGUCUCCGGCGAGGUCGCCGUCAUGGAGCUCACCGCCGCGCCGCUCGGGGUCCGCACCCGCGCGCGCGCCGCCCUCGCGAUGCAGAGCCAGCCGCUCCACCAGGGGGACUACCUCCAGCUCAGGAGCCGGAAGCUCGAGAAGCCGCCACCGCCGCACAGGGAGCCGGCGGCGAGGAGGAAGGGUGCCGCCCCUUCCGAGCUUGCCGCGGCCGAGGCCGAGGCCGACGAGGUCUCCUUCGGGGAGAACGUGCUCGAGCUGGAGCCCGUGGAGAGGAGUACCAGGGAGACGACACCCUGCAGCCUGAUUAGGAGCUCAGAAACGAUAAGCACUCCUGGAUCCACCACAAGACCGAGCCACUCGAGUUCCCAUCGCAGGGUGCAAGCUCCAGUACGCCAUAGUAUCCCAAGUUCAGCAGAGAUGAACGAUUUUUUCUCUGCUGCAGAGCAGCCGCAGCUGCAAGCCUUCAUCGACAAGUACAACUUUGAUCCUGUGAACGACUGCCCUCUCCCUGGACGAUACGAGUGGGUGAAGCUAGACUGAUGAUAAAUUCAGGACAAUAGUCUCACCAUGUACCUCUCCGCUCCCUCCACCUUGGCAUCGUGGCAGAGGCGCACACCGUCGUGCUGUUAGCUUUGUUUCUGCUGUAAAAAUGUUAGGGUUAGCCUGUAGUCCCAAUGGUAUUGUGUAACAUACAGAAGUGAUGCUGAGUUACACCCUAAUCCCUCAACUCAAAUGUAACCCUUAACAGCUCAUUCUGUAAUGACCACCUCCUCUAGGGCCUAGUCUUGUUACCAGGUGCAGGUGCAAGAUUAAUGUAGUAGAGCUAGAUCAUAUUGUAUCACAGUUUAACUUGUAAUGUGGGCUGCAGUGUCAUUGUCA